CAAGGUGGCACUGUGCACCAGUCCUGCCACAUCGCAGGCUGAUAAUGGUAGCUAGCCACAACUCACGAAAGAUCGCCUGGAGCAGGUUUUCUCUGGUGAGAUGAAACUUCCCACCGCCGUCUGCUUUCACAGUUAAACACCAUCAGCCGGAGGCAGACAGGUGGAUGGCUCCAGUAGAAAGAUCUCCCACGCUGCUCAACCAUGGGAGCGAAGAUGAGAUGGAAUGCCGGGGCUACAAGACCAACAGCUACAAGGCCUUUCUGUGCCUCAGUGUGGUGUUCCUGUGUGGGGGAGGACCAGUAGGCGUCCUGCUGGCGAUGCUGGUGUUCCGCUGGCGACCAGACUGGAAACUACGGGCCACCAAGUCCCGCUGUCCGCUGUACAGGGCAGAUGCUGUCCUGCUGAAGGACAUCUAUGGACAGUGUUGGACGGAGACGGUUGAUAUCAUCUAUGUUCCUGUGGAUGAAUGCACCCUACAUGUCCCAGACUGGCUUGCCUCCUACAUUUCUGCCUCUCCUGAUUUUCAUUUGGACCCAAAGACUCAAACAGUGGCAGCAAAGCAAUAUGGGUCCUGUGGACAGAUGCCAGAAGGUGGAGACUGCAGUAGUUACAAGGAAGAGGAUGGGGAUGAAGAUGAUGAGGAAACAAGUUUGACAUCUGCAAACGACAAGAAAAGACUUUGUGUGCGAUUCUUUGAUCACCAGCAUGUGCGGUACAUUUGGAAUUCCAACAUCAGCUGCUUCACAAAACUCAGAGGCCUUGAUGACACCACACCCUGCUCCUACUUCUACCAACUGGGUGGUCUGACCAGAGAGGAGCAGCACAGGAAAUGUGCUUUGUAUGGAGAAAACUCUAUUUAUAUUGAUGUCAAGAGCUAUUUUAGACUCCUUUUUGAAGAGAGCAGCAAACACCAAGCACAAACAAUCAGUGGCCCGCACAUGCGUGCCAUUUUCUUUCCGGACUCUGGAAACACCCGCCACGUGCGGAAAGACUCUCUGAACAACGCCACUCAGUGA